UAAUAAGCUUUUAUAGCAAUGCAGAAAAUAAAAAUUGUAUGUGUUAUAUGAAACAAGUUUACGAUAUGAAUAUUAAAGUGUAAAUUAAGACAAAAUGGCAGAAUUUGGAAAGAAACUAAUCACUAGUAAAGAUGUACAGAAAUGGUGUAACGAUUGGGUAGAAUUGCAAAAAAAUUUUACAUAUACAGAUGAACCGCAAUGUAAGAGAAGACAUACAGACGACGACGAUAGUUAUAAUACUGAUUCCGAGUUUGAUUCCGUAUCAGAAUGUGGAACAAAAAGAAGGGUUGGUUUCCCGCUGAAACGUGAAAUUUAUCAUCUAUCAUGUGAAUGGACGAGCUGUAAAUAUGAAACCAAUCACGUCGAGAGAUUCGUAAAUCACGUGGCCACGCACGUGUCUGAUUUAAAUACGCGGACCAAUGAGAAAGAAAUCAGUGUUUACAUAUGUCAAUGGACUGGCUGUUUGUAUGAGAGUGAUGAUCCCGAUGAGAUCUCUAGGCAUGUUAAUUACCAUGCCUAUCAUACUAAAUUGAAAUGUAUCGGAUCAAAUGUUCGCACCAGAAUUAAAUUACCUAAAUGUCGUAGAGAUCCCGAAUGGAAAAAUGUUGUGGAUCUUCCAGCGCCACUUCUUUGCCGUUGGGAAGAAUGUCUGAAACACUUCAGAAAUUAUCAGUUAUAUUUGUAUCAUGUGGCUGUUCACAUCGAGGAAGGCCCUAGAGGUAAUAAAAUUGAAGGAGGUGUAAAAUGUAAGUGGACAGGUUGUGGCAGCUUAUAUCCCAAUUUAUACAAAUUGAGGAAUCAUAUCAGGCAUCAUACAAAAGAAAAGAUCGUUGCUUGCCCUGAUUGUGGUGCUACUUUUGCUUCCAAUACAAAAUUCCAUAUACAUUGCAAACGGCAAAUUCCAAUUGAUGUUCAGGGAUUCCAGUGCUCCCAUUGUAAUAAGUUUUAUCCAACUGAAGGAAUUUUGAGAGAUCAUAUGCGAAUGCAUGUUUUCAAUUAUAAAUGCACACUUUGUGAUAUGAGUUGUGACUCACCAGCCAAUUUAGCCAAACAUGUUAGAUAUCGGCAUGUCUCUACCAGGAGUUUCCCUUGUCAGCUCUGCAAUCAUGCUGCCAAAUCUCAACAGGAUCUAGAUACACACAUGACAGUUCACACAAAAGGACCUAACUUUUCGUGCCAUUUUGAAGGAUGCCAAUAUAAAUGCAAGGGCGCAUAUACUCUUGAUAGGCACAUCGAACGAGUUCACACUAUGCAGGUGCGAUGGUAUUGCUGUCAUGAAUGUCCAGUAAAAUAUAGAAAAAGCUAUAGACUAACGAGACAUUUAAUUGAGACGCAUCAAUUGCAAUUACCUAGUGGUCAUACACGAUUCCAAUACAGUCACGAUGAAGAUGGAUGUUACAGAUUACAAAUGUUCAGAUAUGAAGCUGUUGAAGAAGAAACAAAUCCUUCUAUUAACCACCUAAAAUUGCAAAAUAAAAAAUUUAAAAUCAAAUUAAAUAAAGAUGCCAGUGUGCCUCAAAUUCAGGUUUUUGAAGAUUUGGAUGAAAAUGAAGAGGAAAAUGAAGAUAACGAAGUGCAAGAAAUGUCAGGGGAGAAAAACGACGAAGGAAAAUCUAUGCCGGUGAUAUCGAAUAUUCUGAUAACGAUCGAUGAAACUGAUGCCGAGGGAAAUAUAAUUAGAAGUAGAGUUGUGGAAGCGCAAGAAACUAUGGAAUUGCCACCCACCGAAGGAUCACCAUUAAUUUUAACAUAAAUUUAUUUCACAACUGAUUCGUACAAUUUU